GGGCCGCCCCUCGCCUCGCCGAGAUGCCCGGGACGGUGCUGCUGCUCUGCCUGGCCCUCGGGCCGGUCCUGCGAGCCAGGUGUGAGAGCACAGAGGAAUACGAUUACGAUUACCUCAGCAUCAAUAAAACCUGGGUCCUCACCCCCAAGGCGCAGGAGACUGAUGCCACACAGAUCCUCAACUCGCUGCUGAAGAACUAUGACAACAAGCUGAGGCCCGACAUCGGCAUCAAGCCCACGUUCAUUGAUGUGGAUAUUUACGUGAACAGCAUCGGGCCGGUGUCUGUCAUCCAGAUGGAAUACACCAUUGACAUCUUCUUUGCUCAGACGUGGUACGACCGGCGCCUGCGCUUCAACAGCACCCUGAAGGCCCUGACGCUGAACACCAACAUGGUGAGCCGCAUCUGGAUCCCAGACACCUUCUUCAGGAACUCCAAGAGGGCCGAUUCCCACUGGAUAACCACUCCCAACCAGCUCCUCCGCAUCUGGAACGAUGGCAAAGUGCUCUACACGCUCAGGCUGACAAUCGAGGCUGAAUGUCUGCUCCAGCUGCAGAAUUUCCCAAUGGACACUCACUCCUGCCCUUUGGUUUUUUCCAGUUACGGAUACCCUCGGGAGGAGAUCGUCUAUCGCUGGAGACGCUACUCCAUCGAGGUCUCCGACCAGCGCACCUGGAGGCUCUACCAGUUUGACUUCACGGGGCUGAGGAACACCUCGGAGGUUCUCAGGACCGGGGCAGGGGAGUACAUGGUGAUGACAGUGUCUUUUGACCUCAGCAGGCGUAUGGGUUAUUUUGCCAUUCAGACCUACAUUCCCUGCAUCCUGACUGUUGUGCUUUCCUGGGUUUCCUUCUGGAUUAAGAGAGACUCUACACCAGCCAGGACAUCUCUGGGAAUCACGACAGUGCUCACAAUGACCACCCUGAGCACCAUCUCCCGCAAGCACCUGCCCCGUGUGUCCUACAUCACAGCCAUGGACCUCUUCGUCUCCGUCUGCUUCAUCUUCGUGUUCGCGGCUCUCAUGGAGUACGCUACGCUCAACUACCUGGUGGGGAACAAGAAACCACUGGAGCACAACAACAGGAAAGCCAGGCUGCCGCCUGCCGGUGCACAGGUGAUGCCAACCUUUACCACCAUCAACAUCAACCACAUCAUGCACUGGCCCCCAGAGAUAGAGGAGGAUGACGAUGAUGAUCCUGGCUCCCCGUGCCUGGAAGGAAAGGAAUGUGAGAGGUUCUUCUGCUGCAUUGAGGACUGUCAGACGGGGAUGUGGCGGGAGGGCAGGGUCCGCAUCCACAUCUCCCGCCUGGACUCCUACUCCCGCGUCUUCUUCCCCACUGCCUUCCUGCUCUUCAACAUCGUCUACUGGAUUGCCUAUCUCUAUCUCUAGCCCUUUUUUGCCCUCAGCUGGAAUGGACUGGAGACCAGCAAGGUGGGCUUCUCAAGGAGCAUAGAGAACAGCAUCUCUUCUGUUGUAGUCAGCUGUCAGUCGGAACAAUCCAACCUGGUGGCUCCCUCUUCCUGCUCUCUCUCAUCUCUUCUGAGAAGAACCAAACAGCUUUUUUUUUUUUUAGCCUUCUAACAUGUCUUUUUAGAGAAUCUACCUUUCCCAAACAGCCUCAUCUCCAACACCACCAGCAUUGUACUCCUUGUAAGAUUGCCCAAAAACAUCCUAUUCCCAUCUCAAGCAUUAGGGAUUUUGUCAAAAACAAAAACCUUAAUGCAUUUCGAUUAUCCACCCAAUCCUACUCCAAAAUUCCAAGGGAAAUGAUGGCAAAUGGAGUUUCCUGCAUAGUUUUUAAGACUGUAGAGGAAAUAAAGGGGAUCUUACAGCUUCUGCACCACUUCUAGCAGAACAGACUUUGUGGAAUGCUAGAAGCUUGGAAAGGUCAGAAGGAAAUAGGGUGGAAAAGGGCAGCAGUACAGCUUCCCACAGUAACUGGGCUUGGCUAAAAUGUUUUGAACCUGCCCAGGCAUCUGACAGUGGCACUGACAAGGAGGAAGUAGCUCCAAGCCUCCACCAGCUCCCAGCAGAACAUCUAUGAAGAAUUCCUCGUGGAUCACUCCACCUGCUGUGCCAAGUGGCACCCAAGGCAUCCACCCACUGAUUCUCCUCAGACGGUGGCAAAAAGCACUUCACAAGUUUGCAGGGCCCGUCUGCCUUCCUGGAGCAGACUCUUCAGGGCCCACAGUGACAUUCUCUGCUUUGUGACGGGACUUGGACAGGGCUCUGCAGCUCACGUUGGGCAUCACCAAAAGAGGGUGAAAGUCCUUGUGCUACAAAGGCCAGCAGUCUCCCGAGCCUGACAUGAGGUUUUCUUUGGCCUGUCCCACCUGAGCUGGGCCUUCUUGUGCCGUGCAG